AUGGUCUUUCCAAGGAUCCUCACCUCCUUCUCGCGCUCCUACUCCGGCUCCGGGUCGAUCUUCAAACCACCCAGCCCUGAAAGUGAGCGUCGCGACGAAAACCGACCGUCGCCGUCAUCCUCCACGUCCACUAUUCAGCCUCUCAAGAGAUCCGAAGAGAGUGAGGAUAUCACCCCCACAAACGCAUACACGCCGCGUGAUUGUCCCUCUUCCUCUAAGCCGGAGAAGGCGAGCGAGAACGAUGGCGGAUGGAAUUACGGCCUGGAAAGCGACAACAGCGAUAUAAGCACCCUCGAUCUCGGUCCUAGUGUCACGACCUCGACGCCGACCCCCAAGGCCACGACUCCUCUCGCUACCCAUCCGGAGUAUCCCUUAACGCCGAUUCCCCGGUCAGAGUCGCAGGGUGAUCCGUUCGAUCAGAUUAGUUCCCCGGAGCGACAGCCCGAUUCGCCGGUUGUGUCUAAGACGGAGGAGUCCGAUCAACGCGCUAACGAUGCUCCUACUCCUGAGGAGAAAGAGCCAGCCAAGACGCUGGCUCGACCGCCGAAACGUAAGUCCGAUACGGUGGUGGCCACGUUCCGCACGUUGUCGUCUUCGGGAUCGUCGCUGUUCGCCGGCCUCAGACCGAGUGUGAACCGCGCGAGGACGUCGUUUCGCCGGGGUGGCGCGCUGAGUGAUUAG